CACUGUUCAGUUGAUUUGUGAGGCUCCACAGCAGCUGAAGUACUGCAUGAUGGUGUCCUGGAGCACUGCAGCAGUAACAGCUUGAGAUGUCUGUGUUCACAAGGACUUCUUGAGUUCAGUCCAUGUUGGCUGUGGUAAGUUUGGGCUCCUGUUGCGCCACAGAUAAGGAAAUGUUUGUUGCUGUUGCCUCUUGGCCUUUUUAUCUCUCUCGAGUUUUUAUUCCUGCCCCCCAAAACUUCCAUUUCUAUUGGUCUGAGGUUACUGGAACACUUUUAUAGGCAAAAUUAUUGCUGUGUUUGUGCUUCAUGUAGUCUGGUGCACAAUGCCUUCCCGUUACCGCAACUUCCGAAACAGCGUGCCGUGGCUGAUCCUUUCUCUGGAAGCUGUUUUCAUCGUCCUCUUUUACUUUGUGUUCCCAUAUGAUGAUAAAUUAAUUAAGUCUUACCCAGCUUUCCAAGAUGUCAACCACAUGAUGAUUUUUGGAUUUGGCUUUUUCCUGAUGUUUCUGAAAAGAUACGGGUUUAGCACCACCGGAUUCAACCUCCUGCUCAUUGUACUUGGUGUCCAGUGCUCUGUGCUGAUAGAUUUAUUCGUUUUACUUCUUCAAAGGCAAAGCAAAUGUCAUCUGGCAAGGCUAAUAGAGGCUGCUAUGAGCAUGACUGCUGUGGUCAUCUCCACUGGAGCUGUUCUUGGGAAGGCUAACCCCGUGCAGUUAAUUCUGAUGACAGUUCUGGAGCUAAUAGUUUUCCGUAUGAGCAGAUGGAUGAACAACACAUUCCUGCUGGUUACAGACAGUAUCAGCAUGAUGCACGUUCACCUGUUUGGAGCCUACUUUGGUCUGGCCAUCUCCUCAUGUUUCUCUGAGCCAUCACCGAGGACUGAUAAGAAUGCAAGAACCCCGAAGUCGGACUUAUUGUCCAUGUUGGGCACUCUCUUUCUCUGGGUGUUCUGGCCAAGCUUCAAUUCUAUACUAUCCGACAGGAAGUGGAGAGUCAUCUACAACACCUACUUUGGCCUUGCAGUGAGUGCUGUCACUGCCUUUGCCUUGUCUGCUCUCACCACAAAGGAUGGGAAAUUCAGAAUGACUCAUAUCCACAGUGCAGUUCUAGCUGGGGGGGUCGCUGUUGGUUACGCAGCACACAGUAUCAAGUACCCUUGGAUUGCAAUGGUUUUGGGUCUGCUUGCCGGCGUGAUAGCCAUAUUAGGAUCUUACUGUUCACAGAGAUGCCUGAAUCCUCCUCUCAAGCUUCAUGAUACCUCUGGAGUUCAUUUCACUUUUGGCAUGCCUGCUGUGCUUGGAGCUCUCGCCCAGGUCAUUCUCUUAAUAAUAACAAACUGGAAUAAUUUACCAAGUAUGGGUUAUUUGGUCAUGAUUCAAGUUGGUGCCUUCUGCCUGACCAUCAGCAUCGCUUUGAUAACAGGUCUUAUUGCAGGUUUAAUCUUAAACCUCAGACUGUUCAAGAGCAUCCCUGUAUCCAAGUACUUUGAAGACCAGUUUUACUGGGAGUUUCCCCAUUUGGCUGUUGGAUUUUGAAUGGAGGAACCCAGAUGAGUGAUUUGACCGAGGCUCAAGAAAGCCAUCCCAAUGGGCACCUAAAAACCUAGUAAUAAACUGUACUAGUUAUUCUUGAAAGAUGGAGUGUGAAUUUACAGACGCAUUUAACUGCUUUGUUGAAUUUAAGUAUUUUUUGGUACAGAAAAAGUGGCUGCAUUCAUUGCUGUAAUGGCUUAUCAAUCAAAAUACUUGGAAACCUUACACUAUUUUUAGCUCCCAAAGCCAAAGUAAGUAUGUUAAAGUACAAUUUUUCCAAGUGUCCAUACUCACUCUUCUCUAGCGAAGCAUUCAAGUACUUGUUUUUAAGCUAAAUUAAUUCUGUUGAAGGCCUUGUUAAGCAGGGAUUUGAUGAGCGAGCUGGAUCAGGGCCAGAACUCUCUAUCCUGCCAGACUGAACUCUUGAGUUAUCUGACAGCUUAAAGAAAAAUCUAUAAUCCCUUGGCUCAAGCUAUCUAUUUGGAAGCUCAGAUGACAAGGAGUGAAACUGUUCUGCUUGUGGCUGGUGCCCUUGUCAGCAAUGGUAUUUACUCAGCUUGGCAGUAAAACUCAGCACAGCCUGUGCAUAUGGGGACAGUGCCUAAAAGGCUCUGGCUGCCCUGAGUGCAGGCAGCAGGGGAGGCCAUGGGGACAGUGCUUGGGCCUGGGUGAUACGAAUCCCAGGGUGGUGUAUGUUGGGCUGGUUUACCCUGUGCCAAGCUCAGGCCCAAUGGGGCAAGUGAACCCUUGUGUUUAAAUGGAUUGUGAUCCCUGGUGUGUCUUCUUUGUUCCAAAAUAGCUGACACAGAAAAACUUACUCGAAAAUGCUUGUCUAAUAAAAGAAAAUGACAAUUUGA